GAUAUGUAUGAACGAGCUCGAGAUUCUCACACAAACGUAGGCUUUCGAGAAGGUGCUACCGGCCCCCCGAUAUCCGGGCCGACGUCUCGCGGGACCACUGCGCAAGCUCCCAAUCUACCUCCCUCUCCUCGACCACCAUCUCGUUCAACCUACACCGCCUGCCGUAACUGCUUUUCAACAUGUCCAGUGUCUCGCCUCCACCUUUCACCAACGGGUACGCCUCUCCAGCCCCCUAUCUCGCGGCGUCUCCUCCACCAGCGAAACCUACUGCACACCCGAAACCCAAACCUGUUAAUGUAUUCUCUAACGAUGGCUCGUUCUUGGAGCGUUUCCAGCGUAUAAAGCAGGAUGAGGAAGAAAAGAAGAAACAAGAAGAGAGCCUAGCGAAGAAACGGGACUUCAAUGAGCGCUUUAAAAGACGGGGCAAGCGCCGUUCUUCUGAUGCUACGAACUCAGAACCUGCCACAGAACACACCGCGAAGAAACUGAAGGUGGACGCACCUAUAAACCAGUACGAGAAGGAGGUGAAGAGCUACACCGCGAGCCUGAAGGACAACGGGGCUGGUGUACGGCCAUUAGUGAAAUGACGAAACAACGCACCAUGAGUGUCGACAGCUACCAUUCCACUCGCAUAUUGCGUCCACACAGAUGGGCUCUUCUAUGUCUAAA